AUGCUUCAUCUGGUGGUGUGGUUGUUCAUCAUUGUGACGUGCUUAGAUCGGGCCAAUGUUGCUGUUCACGGGAAAUGCGACGACAAGAAUGAGACAGCAGUGAGUGAACUCAAAACUGACGAACCAACCAAGAAAAGGAACAGGGAGGAGACGAGCGAAAACAAUUUGGAUGUCAACCAGGAUGAAUCCACGUACGAGGAAGAGACGACUGACGAUAUUUCUGAAGUCACAACUCGGAAAAAUCCAAUGGCGAAAAGGAAGACAAAGAUGGAAAGGGAUACAGAUAAUGACGCAGUAAACCUCAUAAUGGACUUUGCCCAAAUAUCAGACACAGUUAUCCAUUUGAUCAAGGAAAAGUACAUGAGUGCAAAAACACCAUUCGGGAAAAUGAGAGAUCUUCCCGGUAGAGAAGGAAGACUCUUCAACAUGCAGAAACGAAUGUUUUUAGAGCUACCCCCAGCAGCAAGAAAAUUCAUUAAUUCAGUGUUCAGCUAUGCAUUUUUACAGUUGGAUGGGAAAAUGACAAAAGAGCAGUCCGCUCAAGCAGUGCUGAAAAAAUACCGCAAACUCAGUUAUAAGACAUGCAGCACACUAGACGAAAGUCUUUUUGAAGAUAUCGUGGACGAUCUU